AUGUUCAGAUUCAAACUUUUUAUAUAUAUUGAUGAUGAUGAUAGCUACUGCUUUUCCGUUUUAAACGGGAUUAUAAAUACAAUAUGCUCUUUUUCUCAAUCUGCGUUGUGUCUUUGGGCUUGCAUGUACUGUUCAAAAGUAUAA